UCUAUGAAGGCUCUGACGUCGAGAGCCAACAUGUCCCCCUGAAAAAUCAACAGUGUCUGGAUCCCAGGCUCGAUAAUCCCGUUUAGUUUUUCACUGGGAUUGAUAGGCCCAUCGCGGAGGACAUGAAGACCUUCUGCGGCAGAGCGAACCCGACCACCGGAGCUCUGGACUGGGUGGAGGAGAGCGAGGAGUACGACUACCACCAGGAGAUCGCUCGGUCCUGUUAUGCUGAUAUGCUGCAUGAUCAUGACAGGAAUGAGAAGUAUUAUCAGGGAAUCCGAGAGGCUGUGGCGAGACUGAAGGCUCGUGGCGAGAAGGUCAUCGUCCUGGACAUCGGGACAGGAACCGGCCUUCUGUCCAUGAUGGCCGUCACUGCCGGAGCUGACUUCUGCUACGCUGUGGAGGUUUUUAAGCCCAUGGCAGAAGCAGCUCAGAGCAUCGUGGAGAGAAACGGCUUUUCCGACAAGAUCAAGAUAAUCAACAAACACUCCACAGACGUCACAGUGGGAGCAGGUGGAGACAUGCCGACGAGGGCCAACCUUCUGAUCACAGAGCUCUUUGACACGGAGCUUAUCGGUGAAGGAGCUCUGCCCAGUUAUGAGCACGCUCACCAACACCUGGUUCAGGAGGGCUGCGAGGCCGUCCCUCACAGAGCGACCGUCUACGCCCAGCUGGUGGAGUCGGAGCUGCUGUGGGGCUGGGCGCAGCUGCAGCCGAUGGAGGUGAAGGGUGUGCGUCUGCUUCCGCCGCCUGCCGUCAGCCGCUGCGCAGGCGCUCACUCGGUGUGCGACAUCCAGCUGAGCCAGGUGUCCCCGGCCAGCUUCAAGCCGCUGAGUCCUCUCUGCACCAUGUUCAGCGUGGACUUCAGCAAACCGGUGAGCAGCGCCUUCCAGUCCCACUCCGCCCAGUUUGUGGCGCGGUGUAGCGGCAGAGGUCAGGUGGUCCUGUCGUGGUGGGACCUCCAUAUGGAUCCCCGAGGAGACGUUGUGUGCACCAUGGCGCCCAGCUGGACGUAUCCUCAUCAGAAGAGGGCGCCAUGGCGUGAUCACUGGAUGCAGAGUGUCUACUUCCUGCCUGAGGAGAGUAAGGUGACGGAGGGGGACGAUCUUUGUCUGACGGUCUGCCAUGACGACUACAGUCUGUGGUACAGCCUGCAGGCUCACAGCCGGCAGGACCAGCAGACUGAAGCUCCUCCCCCUCGACCCAGCUGCACCUGCCAGGCUCACCUGGUCUGGACUCGGCCGCGGUUCGGCGAACUCAACGACGGGCGGCGUACGGAGAGUUACGUCCAAGCUCUGCGCAGCGUUCUGAAAGAGGACGCCGUCUGUCUGAGCGUCAGCGAUGGAAGUCUGCUUCCUGUGUUUGCUCACAAGCUGGGAGCCAAGAAGGUCUACAGCUUGGAAAACUCCAGAAUGUCCAAACAAUUGAUUGAGCAGGUGUUGGGGGCGAACGCCAUAACGGGAGGUGUGGAGCUGCUGGAGAUCCGAGCUGAUCAUUUGACCAGAAACGACCUCGGAGACGAACAAAUCUCGGUUUUGAUGGGUGAGCCGUACUUCAGCACCAGCCUCUUACCGUGGCACUCCCUGUUCUUCUGGUACUGCCGCACCGCCCUGUCGGGCCUCUUGCGGCCCGACGCCACCAUCCUGCCUUGUUCCGCCUCCCUCCAUGUGGUGGCUGUGGAGUUCCAGGACUUGUGGAGGAUUCGAGCACGUUGUGGUCGUUGUGAAGGUUUCGAUGUCACUCCCAUGGAUGAGAUGGUUCAGCGCUCUCUGGACUUCAGGGAGUCCCGGGAGGCGGAGCCUCACCCCUUAUGGGAGUAUCCAUGCCGAGCUCUGACUCAGUCCGCCACCGCCAUGACAUUCGACUUCACUCAGUGUGUCCCCAGCCAGCCAAUCAGUUGCCAGGGUUCACUGCCUCUGAUCAGGACCGGUUGUUGCCAAGGAGUUGCGUUGUGGAUGGAGUAUCAACUGACUGAUGACAUCACUGUCAGCACAGGUCUAACUGCACCAAUCAGUGAACAGGGCGACUGUGAGUGGAGUCGGCACAGGAAGCAGGCCGUGUAUUUCCUGCGGUCGCCAUGGCAGAGUUCAGGUGACGGCAGAGCCGCCGUUUCUUACAGCUUCACCUUUGAACCCGACUCGGGUGACAUCAAGAUGGACUUCAGCAUCAGUGCUCUGUGAUGGACAGAAAGUCUGAAUAUUUUACUUUGGUGGGUUUUUUGGCUCAUAUUUAUGUUUUUAUCAAAUUUGGAUUUCAUUCUGAAACGAAAAAUAAAUAAUUCCUUUAAAUAUU